AUGGAGAUCUCGGGCCCACGCCUGGUCGGCGACUGGGAGGUUGGUGCUCACGUCGGCUCUGGCUCCUUCGCCAUAGUGUGGCGAGGCCGGCACCGGCUGACGGGCCAGGAUGCUGCCAUAAAGGAGAUCAACCUCUCCAGACUGAACGCCAAAUUGCGUUCCAGCCUGGAGAGCGAGGUCACCAUCCUCCGGCGAAUAAAGCACGCAAACAUCGUCCGGCUCUUGGACGUCAUAGAGACUCGCAGCCGGCUGUAUCUGGUGAUGGAGUUUUGCGCCGGCGGUGACCUGUCCCAGUUCCUGCGCCACGGCAGGGUGUUGCCGGAGGCGACGGCGCGCCACUUCCUCCGCCAGCUGGCGGCGGGGCUGCGGGAGAUGUGGGCGCACCACCUCGUCCAUCGUGAUCUCAAGCCCCAGAAUCUGCUGCUCUCCCGCUCCUCCCCGGAGGCCGAUCUCCGCAUCGCCGACUUUGGGUUUGCGCGCAACCUGCAGCCCCAGGGCCUGGCGGAGACUCUGUGCGGGUCCCCUCUCUACAUGGCGCCCGAGAUCCUGGGUUCCCACAAGUACGACGCCAAGGCGGACCUGUGGAGCGUGGGGGCCAUCCUGUUUGAGAUGGUGGGCGGGCGCCCGCCCUUCACCGGCGCCAACCAGCUGCAGCUGCUGCGCAGCAUCCAGCGCGCGCCCGCGCGGCUACCGGAGGGCGCCGCUGCCGCGCUGUCGGCGCCCUGCCGCGCGCUGAUCGCCGCGCUGCUGCGCCCCAACCCCGUGGAGCGCAUCUCCUUCGAGGAGUUCUUCCGGCACCCCUUCCUCCGCGCGGAUUUCGCCUCCACGCCGCCCUACGUGCUGCACUCCGGGAUCGCGGGGCGCGGGCCCCAGCCCAUGCCCCGCUCUCGCUCCGCCGCCGGCUUCGGGCAGCAGGUUGUGGGGUUCGAUGGCCCCGGCCUGACGGCGCCGGGGACGAACGCAGCCGCCGUGCACGCUGCGGUGCCGCUGGGCGCGCUGAGCCACGCGCUGCGCUCGCGCGCCUCGCUGGACGCCGCACGUGAGGGGGCUGUCGUCGCGGCGCGCGGCGCCCCGGCGCCCCGCGACGCCGCGCCGCCGGGCGGCGCGGUGCCCCCGUCGCCCCCGGUCCUGCCGGGCUGGGCGGCGGCCGGGUCUGCGCCGGUCCGCACAGGCCUGGGCCACGUCCCUCUGGUCCCCGGACCGGGCCGCAGGACCGAAUCGCCGGCGCCCCAGGAGGUCCGCCGCAGCGUGGCGCGGCACCCGCUGGCGCCGGAGCCCACGAGCGACGUGCAGUCGGGGGCUUCCUCUCAGACUUCCGAAGAAGGUUUUGUGCUGGUGUCGGCGCUGCCCUCGCCCGAGCGCGCGCCGCGCGGCGCGCGUUCGGGCGGGGGCGAUGUCGCACUGGGCCUGGAGCCCGUCUCGGUGCGACCGAGGGAGGCUGAGCCUGGCGAUCCCAGCCUGGUGCCGCAGCGCGCCGAAGCGAGGCCGCCUCCCAGUGACGAGGACGGGCGCGAGACGCCAUCUGGCCCCGACUCGGACAACGACGCGUCGUCAGACAGCCUGAGCGGGCACGCGUUUGCGGGGCGGGCGUCGCCCGGCGCCGGCCCGCCAGGCGACGACCCGGGCUGGGCGACCUGGCGGGGGCCGGGCCCGGCGCGCCGCCUCUGGCGCCAGGUGGCUGGCCUGCUGUGCGCGCUGGCGCGCGACGCGGAGGGCGGCCGCAGCGCGGCGGGGGCGGCCGCCUUCGACCCAGGUGCCGCGCUGAGCCUGCACCUGGCCGCACUCCAGCUGCUGGACGCAGCGGCCGGCGGCGGGCAGGACGAGGACGAGGUGGAGUUGGGAGGUGAUGGACCGUCCCACCCACCCCGCCCACGCUCGCCGCGGUCGCCGGACAGCCACCUGGAUGGCCUGCCCUGCACCAGCCUGGGCACCGAGAUCCGGGCGGCGCUGGAGGGCGCAGGCCGAGCGGCGGCCGCGCUGGAGGGCGCAGGCCGAGCGGCGGCCGCGCCGGAGGGCGCGGCCGCGGCACCGAGGGACCCCUCGUCGCACGGAGCCAGCGCUCUGUCCCCCGAUGGGAUGCCCGAGACGGGCCCCUCGCCCGCGCUGCCCGACCCCUGGGCCGCGCUGUUCGCCGGCGCGCUGGCCUGGGCGCGGGAGGGUGCGGUGCGUGAGCUGGUGGGCGGCGGGGGCGGCGGGGGCGGCGAGCUGUACGCGCGCGCUCUGCACUCGCUGAGCUUCCUCGCCCUGGCCGACGUGGAGGGCGGGGAGGGCGCGCCGCACGCGCCGCGCCUGGCCGACCUGCAGCCGCCGGUGGCGCUCGAGCGCGGCGACCGCGCGCGCGUGCUGCGCUACCGCUCGGCCGUGCUGGCGCGCCUCAUUGCCUGCGGCGGCGGCGCGGGGUCGGGUGAGACGCCGUCGUCCAAGUCGACGGCGCCCUGGGCGGAAGCUGCCCCGGCGCGCGACCCGCUGGCCGGCGCGAGGCCGUGA